UAUAUGGAACUACAAAACUGAGAUAUUCUUCUAAAAUCUUGGUUUGUGUUCAGCAGAAGAAAGAAAAUCAUACACAUAUAAGAUCGCAUGAGGCUGAGUAAAUGUUGAGCGAAUUUUAAUUUUUUGUGUGAACUAUCCCUUAAAGUUUGCUUGUCUACAGUUUGCAUUCACAUGGCCCAAAAAGCAUUAUAAGUAGGUUAAGUGUAUAAUAUUAGACAUAUUACAUACCAGGGACAGACAUGAACAGGGUUCAGGUUAGAAAUGCCCCAGAUGUUUAAAAUGUGGGGUAAAAUCUCCCUGUAGUAUAUUCUGGAUAUUGUUUUUUAAUCUCUUAUCUAUUGUUGGAUUAUAUUUAAUACUGUUCUCUUUUAGGCCUGUCUAGUUUGGGGUUUAGAAAAUGUAUUGGCCAUUUCAAUUAAUUGGUCCAACUUAAAUAUUUGACAUAAAUUGUCAACAACCUAUGUUUUAUGUGUCUUCGUGUAAGUAAAAAUGCCUCUUAAAAUCGAUGCCUGGGGCAAAUAUCACCCUGUAAUAAAGUUAUCAAUUAAAGUUAAUUUCCAAUACUGGAACAUCCCUUUGUUUAGUUAUUUCAGCAUGCAGUGAAAAUAUUUUGAUUAAAUUAAUAUGAAAUUUGGAGAUAGUUCACCCAAAAAUGAAUACUCUGUCACCAUUUAUUCACCCUCAUGUUGUUCCAAACCAGUAUUACUUUUUCUUCCGUAGAGAUGGAGAUGUUAGGCAGAAUAUUAGGGACUGACAGCCUUAGUCACCUUUUCACUGUCAUUCAAUCUUUCUUUUUUCCCCCCAAUGAAAAUGAAUGGUGACUGAGACUAACAUGCUGCCUAACAUCUCAUUUUGUGUUCCAUUGAAGCAAGAAAGUCAUACGGGUUUGGAAAGACAUGAGGCUGGGGGAUGGCGGUCAACGUGUAUUCUACCUCAAUCACCCAGGAGACUAUGAGCAGGCAUGACAUCACGGCCUGGGUGAACGAUCUGCUCAGUCUUAACUACACUAAAGUAGAGCAGCUGUCAUCAGGAGCGGCGUAUUGUCAGUUCAUGGACAUGCUGUUUCCUGGCUGUAUCAGUCUUAAGAAGGUGAAGUUUCAGGCCAAGUUGGAGCACGAGUACAUCCACAACUUCAAACUCCUGCAGGCAUCUUUCAAGAGGAUGAAUGUUGACAAGAUUAUCCCAGUAGAGAAGCUUGUCAAGGGGCGAUUUCAAGACAACCUGGACUUCAUUCAGUGGUUUAAGAAGUUUUUUGAUGCAAACUAUGACGGGAAGGAGUACGACCCAGUCCAAGCCAGACAGGGCCAGGAUGCCAUCCCCCCUCCAGAUCCCGGAGAGCAGAUCUUCAACCUUCCCAAGAAAUCCCUCCACGCUGCCAGCUCUCCCACCGCAGGAGCCACAAGGUCAGCCACUAUAACACCUAAAUCCUCCAUCACCACCUCCACCUCUCGACCCUCCUCUGCCAAAAAGAUCCCUGUGAUGUCAUCGACACCCGCUAAGGGCGAGAAGGAGCUCGAAGCUCAAGUAACACAACUAAAUGAACAGCUGAACACAUUAAAGUUAGCACUAGAAGGAGUGGAGAAGGAACGGGAUUUCUACUUUGGGAAGCUGAGAGAGGUUGAGCUGUUGUGUCAGGAGCAGGGUCAGGACAACGGCCCCUUUGUGGAGAAACUCAUGGAGGUGCUGUACUCUGCAGAUGACCAGGAGGCAGGUGGUGAAGAACACGAGGCUCCGGCUCAGGAGGAGGACGUCCCCGACGACACACAGGACGAAUACUGAACAGCUGUCAAUCAAACUGACACCCGAACAUACAUUCACCCAGCCAGUGAACUGCUUUUGGGUUAUUCAUUUCCCCUCACUCAUCACGGUUUAUUGUUCAUUUGCUCUCUUGAUGAAGGACUGAGACAAAUUGGCCAAAUUGGAGACAAAAAUCAUCAUUCACUAUUUUUGUCCUUUUUUUUUUUUUGUUUGUUUGUUUUAAUUUUGAAACCCUUAUGUACAUGUUACCUGACGACAGCUUAAAUGAUAACUACUGCACAGCGCAACUGCAUUCAAUUUUUAUUUUGGCAGAAGUGAGUUAUUUUUUUAGUCUUACCAGACUGAUGGAGCAUUGGCCCUUUUUUUUAUUCUGUUUGAUUUCUGCUCUUUUCAUUUGCUGUUUGUGUUACUCAGGUUUUAAUUUUGUCAUUUCAAAAAUAGUCCAUUUGUGCUGUAACAAUACCAUUUGUGAAAAAAACUCACCUCACUAUUAGCUCCCUUACAAAAAUUGGCUAUGGUAGCCAUAUUUGGUGCCAAAAUACCAUAGCUACUACAGUUAUUGUUACUACAAUGAAAUUAGUAACUUGGUAUUGGACACCAUUGUAAUAUGAUUAAAUGAAAUAAACUAAGAACAAAAAAAAUUAAUUAAAAUGAAACAAGAUGAUAAAAAAAGUAUUCUGAAAGCUUUCAUUUAACCCUGAUUUAUUUUGGUUUUACAGUAGUAACAAGAACUGUAUUAACUUUGGUAUUUUGGUUGGAAUUGUGGCUACAUUUGCACAUUUUUAAGCACUGCUGCCUGAAAUAAAAUGAUAAGCUUUACAGCUAAAUGGAUCGUGGUUCUAUGCAUGGGAAUAUAAAACCCAUGCCAUUAAAGAAACUUUGUUUUUUAGAGCAUUUGUUUAAUUUUAUUUUGUGGCUAAAUGUGUCUCAACUUCACAGGGGUGAAAGCCAAUCACAGUGUUUGAUAGACAGCGUUUCAUUUUGAGCUGUGCAAUCCGUACUCUGCAACUAGACAUGUUACGUUUUAUUUUAAAUGUACAGUUAUAAAAGCAGCCAUCAUCUGAAGAAAAUGAUGCAUAUUGCAAUUUUUUUAACUGUUGUUCUAAAGCACAGGUCUUAGCAGAAGAUCUUCUGAACAGAAUUUCUUGUUAUCUCCUGAUACUCGUCAAUAUUCUCCACAGGUCAAUGCUUAUGUCAUUUAUUAUUGUGUACAAUGAAAUGGAAUGUAAACAUAUGUACUGUUAAUAAUUAUAAAUAGACAAUGUGUUUUCUUUUUAUUUCCCUUACAGGAUCUCCUCUUAUGCAUUCCCCAAAUGUGUUGCAUGUUUGCAUUUUAUUUGUGAAUAACUUGACCUGCUUUUUACAUAUUUAAUAAAAAAGAAGAAAAAAAAACAUUAUUAUUAUUCUUUUAUUUAUUUUCUUAUUUGCUGUUUAAAAUCUGUAGAAUUUACUUGAUAGACUUGCGCUAAUAAACCCU